AUGUCGAUUGCCAAUGCCUCUUCUUCGACUGCUUCUCACGACUUGGACGCCGCUGAUGCCGAUCCUUGUCCAUCCGCUUGUACAUCCGUAUCCGCUCUGUGUAACAUGUCGACACUACCCUCACCGCGCCCUUUCGGAUAUCGCCCGACGUAUGUACCUGCGAUGGUCGCCUCGGGUGUAUCGGCCGUCACCGUCACGACCAAUUCACAUCGGCCACCUUCAAAAUCCCACUCGAUCUCCUCGGUCGACUCGUUGGCAUCUGUCUCAUCGAAUGCACCCUCCACACCAACGCAUGAUGCCGACGAUGUACGCUUCGAAAUGGCCGUCAUUCCCAAACUGGUUCGUGCCUCUGCUGAUGCAUAUCUCGAUCGCGUGGGCAAACCGCUGCCGCCAUCGCCUGCGCCCCAAAUCGUUGCAACGUCUGCAACCACCAAAACGAAUGCACAAGCGGCUCGUUCUGUCGCUGCUGCUGCUGCUGCUGCUGCUGCUGCUGCUGCUGUGCCGCCCUCCCAUUCUGCACUCCGCAACGAAAACCACAAAAACGCCAUUAGUUUCCGCGUGGGUAGCAAGUACAAGGUCUGCGAGAUCAUCGGCGAAGGCGCCUAUGGUGUUGUCUGCAGCGCCAUCCACCGCGCCACCGGUCAAAAGGUCGCCAUCAAGAAGAUCCAACCCUUUGAGCACCAGAUGUUUGCGCUGCGAACCUUGCGCGAGCUCAAGCUACUGCGCUUCUUUCAAGAAUGCGACGUCUCGGAAAACAUCAUCAGCAUCCUCGACAUUAUCAAACCCAGCACCUAUGAAGCGUUCACCGAGGUGUACUUGGUUCAAGAGCUCAUGGAGACCGACCUGCAUCGAGUCAUCCGUACCCAGGAGCUGUCUGACGACCAUUGUCAGUAUUUCACGUAUCAGACCCUUCGCGCUCUCAAGCCCAUGCACUGUGCCGACGUGAUCCACCGCGAUCUCAAGCCGAGCAACGUGCUGCUCAACGCCAACUGCGAUCUCAAGGUUUGCGAUUUCGGCUUGGCUCGUUCAGUGCUCACUGCGGACCAGGACACCGGCUUCAUGACCGAAUACGUCGCCACGCGAUGGUACCGUGCUCCGGAGAUUAUGCUUACCUUCAAGCAGUACACCAAAGCGAUCGAUGUAUGGGCAGUCGGAUGCAUCCUCGCUGAGAUGCUCACCGGUCGGCCACUGUUCCCUGGUCGCGACUACCACCAGCAACUCUCGCUGAUCCUCGACGUGCUGGGAACGCCGACACUCGAGGAAUUCCAAAACAUCAACAGCCGUCGAUCGCGCGACUACAUUCGAUCGAUGCCCUUCCGCAAGCGUCGAGAAUUCCGUACUCUCUUUCCAAAAGCUUCACCUGAAGCAAUCGAUUUCUUGCAAAAGACACUCACCUUUGACCCCCGCAACCGUCUCACGGUAGAAGAGUGUCUCCAGCAUCCUUAUUUGUCGGCUUAUCACGAUCCUGAUGACGAGCCUGGUGCGCCACGUCUCGACCCAGACUUUUUCUACUUUGACAUGCAAAAGGAGAGCAUCACCAAGGAGGAUCUGCGCAAGGAACUCUGGUACCAGGUACAAGAAUUUCAGCCGCUUCUUCGUUGA